GAUAAAUUUACCAAGAAGUUGGAACAACAACCGACCCUUAAAGCAAAAAAUUUUGGAGAUUUCAAGCAACGCGAACAAACCUAUAGUCAAUAUUUAUUAUUUGAUUUUGCACUUCGCUUUCUUUCAUUGUCUCUCUUUCUUUCUUUCUCUGUAACAUCCAAUUCAAUAUAUAUUUAUCUCGUUUUAAGUACAAAAUUUUCGAGGAUUGCAAUUAAAUCGAAUAAAUCAAUGUUUAGCUAAAAAGAACAGACCUAACGUUGAGCGUUCAUUGUCCAUUUUACAGCCACGAAAGCUGCAGAGUCAAAAUUUUUUAAAAUUUAGUAUUUAGUUCAAUAUAGAUUUCUCAAAAGUGCUGUUUUAUCUAUCUUGUAAUGUAUAUACAAACAUUAAAAUUCCUUCAACUAUAUUAAAAAAUUGUACUCCGUAAUAUUAUUUGGACAAGGAAUUUUAUUGUAAAAACUUUUUAUUAUAAAAAAAAAGAACUUUUUUACAUCAACUUUUGAUUGUAGAUCUUCAUUCUUUACAAAAGUUGAUAUAAAAAAAUUAUUUUUUACAAAGUUUUUUUUUAAUAUAUCGAUAAUUCGAUCUAAAUGACUUGAACGCAGAUAUAGCAUAAAUUCGAGCUUCGAGUUUCGAGUCACGUUAUCUCGAACGGCCGCUUCUGUUUUCCCUCUCCGAUAAAGAAGUUGUAACAAGGGGAGGAACAUACAUCUGACCACUUAACCACUGACCUGUAACAAUUUGGAAAACGCUCAUGAUAACGCGUUGUGGAUCUUGAUUCUGCUCGUCGGCUUCACCUUAACGAAUGGUGUUAUGCCGAAAUUGGCAACCUUCUCGGCCGUUUGGAUAUUGACGCUCCUCUUUCGCCUAGUCGUGACGAAAAAUAAAACGUAUCCAGAACAAAACGUUUAUAUCUUGGAUUCUGGAGAGGACCGAUUGGCACAAGAUCCCUCCAGGAGCUUUUGGAAGCAAAGACCAUUUCGUGAAAACGAAUCGAUCGAGACUGUCAGAUCAGAAUCCCGGAACAACAUUUUGCGACUUCGAACAGCAGGAGAUACAGAUCUCGAAGAAAAAUAUAUAAACGCCAGUGUAAACUUUGAUGGGAAAACUUUGACAGAUUAUAACGGUCCAGUUAUAAUGGAGGAUCACGAUGACACGGGCGAUCGGAAUCUCACGGGCCACAUACGCGUCAAGAGAAGCGAGCCGAUCGUUCGUCGUCGAUUAACUCGCUCCAUGAUCGAUUCGCUAUUGAACUCCCGGGAUAAUAUCAACGGGAAAGACGGGAUUUUGGGCAACUCGACGUUCGAAGAAUCGCGUGUGGAUCGCGAGAAUCGAUCUGCCACCGUGUCGCACUCGAGGCGCAAACGAGGAGUCCUGCCGAAAGACGGGCACCGCAGGAGACGCGUGAAGGGAAACGUCGGGCAUACGAGGCAUCGUGCUGAGGCGAAAAAUAAAAACAAGAAGUAUAAUGCUUUAAAAUCCUCCCAGCGACAUGUCGCGAAAAAGACGAGCAAUCCGAGCGCGAAAAAAAAAGGUAAGAAUACUCAAAAAAUCGCCGCCAGAACGAUCGACGAAUCGCAGGCAGAGUCCAGAAUAGAGAAAAGGGAAUCUAAAAAUAGCGGCUUAAAUACUAAUACUAUCAAUAUUGGGGAAACGGGUGCCUCAAUUGGUCAGGAAGAAAAUACACCCUUAAUUAACGAUAGAAAUCUCGCUGAACAGCGAAAAGAGAACACCCUUAUGUUACCCUUUGUGCACGCCGGAAGAGCGGAACUGCGUGUUCGUAUUGAAAAAAUCCCCACGACCGAGUCGUCGUUUAUCAAUCCUAACCAUUGGACAGAUCGUUCUGUUGAGACUAGUCCCUGUUCGAUUAUCUUACCGAAAUUCAAUAUGAGCGGCGAAAUUCCCGAUGUCACAAAUCUCGAAAUUGUUCCGAAUUUUGACUCUGAUGGAAGAAAGAAGGCUAAUAAUUUAACAGUGGAGAUUACAUUAAAGAAGCUAGAUGACGAAAAUAACGCGUGUGAUCAGGAACCAAGCGAUUCUAAGGACAGGCCGGCGUCGUUCUAUAAUAUGGAAUCUCAUUCGGUUGGAUCCAACGUGCCGAAAAUCGAGGAUGACCGAAACCCAGAAAAUGAAAACUACGAUCGUACGAACGAGAUAUCUGGGGGAUCUUCGGACGAGGACGCAAAGUGGCGCGCGAAGAGAAACCAGGAAAUUAUGUCUAAGUGCAAUCUACGAAGUGAUAAGAAUGCGAAGGAAUCGGGAUAUCUCAAACACGUCGAACAAGGAACCCUGAACGGAGACGCGAAGAGCGAAAAGACAAGAUACAGAAGGACCGUGCGAUCAAUCGAAGAAAUUAAGGAUCUUGCCGAAAAAUUAAUCAUUAAGAUAAGCGAAUUGCAAGUAUACGUGAGCAAUCGUAAUGAGACUUUACACGCGAGAGAUCCUUGUUUCGGUAAAAACGCAGAUCGCGUAAUCGUCAGGGAAGACCCGACGAUUUCUCUGAAGAAGAAAGACGCUUCCAUGGCGACCAAAGUCGCCGAGAACGCCAACAAUCGCGAGCGUUUCGCGAAGAACGCCUUAGCAAGUAAAAGAGCAUCUCAAAUGCGUUCUAGCGGCUCGAGAUUCGCGCGGGGAGACUAUCGGACAAGAGGAUCGCGUCGCAAGUGGGGCAGGUGGAUGGAUUGGAGCAGCUGUAGCGUCACCUGCGGUAAAGGCCGACAGAUCAGGUGGCGGCAUUGCCUGCACGAUUGCAACGACGCGGAAACCGAGAUGGAGGAGAAAGCGUGUCAAUUGCCGGCCUGUCCUCCAAGUAAGUUCCUCGGGAUAUUCUAAAAGAUUUUCCUUUUUUCGACAAUCGAUGAUCAGUGAAUAUUCUGCGACACCACCGUUAUCGUAAUUAUUAAGGGAAUAUAUAUUGCGGUACAGCAAUAAUUUGACAUGAUAAAAUUAUUCAUCCUCCAAUUGUUCAAAAGAAAUAGAACCACUUGUUAACGUAGCUACUCUUUAAAGAUCAUAAAUUCCAUGAGGAAAGUUCGCGAAGUAUUAAAUCUUUUAUAUCAUUUUAUUUUAUUCUUUUUUCUAUGGAUAACAAUUUUUAUACAAAGUUUUUUUUAUAACUUUAGAUCACGUGCUUAUAUUUUACACUUUCAAAAUCACAAAAAUGCAAUUUACGAUCUAUCAUUUAUCCCGGCAGGAUAAAUUGAACGAUGAAAUUUUUUAAAUUCGCAAAUAUAUAUACAAAUGUUAUCGCCAUAUAAAGGUACGAGUGAAUUUUUUUUUGUAACCUCGUGAACCUUCCUUGAUUAUCGAUCUAUAUGUAACAUGGUUGUAUUUCACAUAAUUGUGUAACAAAUCAUUUGAUGUAUAUUUCUCAUCGUCUCAUUAUCAAAUACAUAAUAUAUUAUACAGGAUUUUAAACAAUAUCUCCUUCGCCUUCAGUAUUCACAAAUAACGAGAGCAUUCAUUGCUUAAAGAAUAAGUUUGUUGCAGUUCAAUUAUCGUAUUUAUCGUCAGUCACACGAAAUAAGAUUGUCCGCCUUUUGCUAAUCGUGUCACAAAAAUGUUAACGAGCAUAUGCUUUCCGUGCGAGAUACGAAUCUAUACAUUCUUUUUCUUAAUUAAAUGGCGUAGAACUUUGCUAUGUCAAAAGUCCACAUAUUUUUGCGUGUUAUAAAAUCUGAUAUUGUACAAUAUUUAUAAAGUUUUCUACAAUACAUUGUCUCUUACGUUCAUUGUCUGAUACUCACUUGAAAAACUGGUAAUAAAAUUCAAUUGUUUAUUUAAUAAUUCUAAUUUAGGCGUAACGUAAGAAUCGAAGUGUAUUGUGAGUAACACAUAAUUUAUCUACUCUUAAGCUAAAUGACAUGAUAGUACUCUCAGUAAGCAAUUAUUUAUAAAAAAAUUCAACAAAUGCAAAUGUAUCAUGUUUAUGCGGCAAAUUUUAUUAGAAUUAAAAUAUUAUCAUACGUUGUUAUAGUGUCAAUUUUUAAUCAUCAACACUUCAGCGUUUUAUCGUCUUCUUGAAUAUUUGGAUAAGAUACUCAUUGAUACCACUUUUAAAGAAGUUCAUGCACGACUCUCUAGUCAAUAGACAUGAAUUUUCUAAAUUAUUAUUUUAUUCAUAUAUAAGGUAUAUGGAUAAAUAAUAAAAAAAAAGAAUUAUUUUUAAGGUAAAUUAAAUAAGUUUUUAAUAAGCUUCUUUAAAAUUAAAUGAUUUUUUACAUACUAAUAAGAUUUGAAUUCUGUAAAUGAACAACAUGGAUCACAAGAUCUGCGAUUUCACGUACUUUAUGAUUUUUAAGAUUAAAUAUUAAUAAUAAAUUGUCAGUAUCACACAUAUUAUUUGUGGUCAUUAGAGAGUUUGUAAUUUUUAUAAUCUAGUUUUUGGUUUAAAUACUCAGUAAUUACAGAAAAAAA